AUGUGUUCAAAGGGGCAGAAGGUGUUCAUUAUUGGCCCAGGAUUCAUCGGCUGGAACGUCUUGGACCUGCUAGUCAAGGAGGAAUACCGAGUCACGGGUUUUGUAAGAAAUAAAGAGCGCGAGGCGGAGAUCAAGGCUUCAGGGGCGGCGGAGGUGGUUAUUGGAAAUCUGCACGACAAGGAGCUCAUCAGCCAGACAACAGCUGAACAUGACAUUGUUAUCCACACGGCGACGGCAGACGACUUGCCCAGUGUUGAGGCCGUUUUAGAUGGUAUCCAGAAACGUGCUGAUAAGGGACUGAGUACCAUAUACAUCCAUACCUCUGGGACCUCAUUGCUGGACGAUGGCUGCCAUGGAAGUACAAAGUCAUCCAAAAUCUACUACGACAACGUCCGAGGAGACAUUGAGGCUCUCUCGGACGAUGCGCCGCACCGAGAGAUUGACCUUGCCAUCGUCAAGAAGCAGAAGCAGCUCGGCGACAAGGCCAAAAUCGCUAUCAUGAUCCCACCUCUAAUCUACGGCUUCAACCCGAACCACAAGCGCCUGACGAUCCAGAUUCCGACGCUGACGCGGUUCGCGCUCAAGCACGGCUACGCCGGGUACGUCGGCGAGGGACUGGCCGUCGAGUCCAACAUCCACGUCCUCGACCUGGCGCGCGCGUACCGCAUGCUGCUGCACCACCUGGAGCACACGCCGGCGCCUAAGCUGCUGGACAACCCGUACUACUUCUGCGAGACCACGGGCGACCACGAGCCCAGCUGGCGCGAGGUGGCCGAGCUCAUCGGCGCGAGCCUGCACCAGGCCGGCAAGAUCGCGGACCCCAAGCCACGGACCGUCGAUUCCAAGCUCUACGGUGACCUCUUUGGCUCGUUCACGGGUGCUGUCAUUGGCCUUAACAGCCGCAGCCGGGCCGUCCGCCUGCGCGAGCUGGGCUGGAAACCAGUGGAAAAGGGAUGGAAGGAGAGUUAUGUCGAGGAUGAGCUGCCCGAGAUCCUCAAGGAGAAAGGGUUUGCGGGUUUUUCUGGGUACAAGGGUACUGUGGCGAGUUAA